CCUUCCUGGCAGCAGGCAGCCAUCUUGCCGGGAGCCUGGGAAAGGGAGAGGAGAGACAGAAGGAAAGGGCGACACUGGUCUCAGGGCCGCCCUGGGGGCCUCAAGAGCCGGAGGCAGCCCCGGAGGCGCCCGCGGGCGGAUACGGCGGAAGAGGAGGCCGGGUAAUGGCCGCGGUGUGGCAGCAGGUCUUAGCAGUAGACGCGAGGUACAACGCGUACCGCACACCAACGUUUCCACAGUUUCGGACACAGUAUAUCCGACGGCGCAGCCAGCUACUACGGGAGAAUGCUAAGGCUGGGCACCCCCCAGCACUGCGUCGGCAGUACCUGAGGUUACGUGGGCAGCUGUUGGGCCAGCGCUACGGGCCUCUCUCCGAGCCGGGCAGUGCUCGUGCCUAUAGCAACAGCAUCGUCCGCAGCAGCCGCACUACCCUUGACCGCAUGGAGGACUUUGAGGAUGAUCCUCGGGCCCUGGGGGCCCGUGGACACCGCCGUUCAGUCAGCCGAGGCUCCUACCAGCUACAGGCACAGAUGAACCGUGCCGUCUAUGAGGACAGGCCCCCCGGCAGUGUCGUGCCCACAUCAGCAGCAGAAGCAAGUCGAGCCAUGGCUGGAGACACAUCGCUGAGUGAGAACUAUGCCUUUGCGGGCAUGUACCAUGUUUUUGACCAGCACGUGGAUGAGGCAGUCCCAAGGGUACGCUUCGCCAAUGACGACCGGCACCGCCUGGCUUGCUGCUCCCUUGAUGGUAGCAUCUCACUGUGCCAGCUGGUGCCUGCUCCACCCACCGUGCUCCGAGUGUUGCGGGGCCACACCCGAGGUGUCUCCGAUUUCGCCUGGUCCCUCUCCAAUGACAUCCUUGUGUCCACCUCACUCGAUGCUACCAUGCGCAUCUGGGCCUCUGAGGACGGCUGCUGCAUCCGGGAGAUCCCUGACCCUGAUGGCGCUGAAUUGCUCUGCUGCACCUUCCAGCCAGUCAACAACAACCUCACUGUGGUGGGGAAUGCCAAGCAUAACGUACAUGUCAUGAACAUCUCCACGGGAAAGAAAGUGAAAGGUGGCUCCAGCAAGCUGACAGGCCGCGUCCUCGCUCUGUCCUUUGACGCCCCUGGCCGGCUGCUCUGGGCAGGCGAUGACCGAGGCAGUGUUUUCUCCUUCCUCUUCGACAUGGCCACAGGGAAGCUGACCAAAGCCAAGCGUCUGGUGGUGCAUGAGGGUAGCCCUGUGACUAGUAUCUCCGCCCGCUCCUGGGUCAGCCGUGAGGCCCGGGACCCCUCACUGCUCAUAAAUGCUUGCCUCAACAAGCUUCUGCUCUACAGGGUGGUAGACAAUGAGGGGACCCUGCAGCUGAAGAGAAGCUUCCCCAUUGAGCAGAGCUCACACCCUGUUCGCAGCAUCUUCUGCCCCCUCAUGUCCUUCCGCCAGGGAGCCUGUGUGGUGACUGGCAGCGAGGAUAUGUGCGUACACUUCUUUGAUGUGGAGCGGGCAGCCAAGGCUGCAGUCAACAAGCUGCAGGGCCACAGCGCCCCUGUGCUGGACGUCAGCUUCAACUGUGAUGAGAGCCUCCUGGCUUCCAGUGAUGCCAGCGGCAUGGUCAUCGUGUGGAGGCGGGAGCAGAAGUAGGAGCCUCCCAGCCCUGCCAUGUCCACCUUCCCACCUGGCCCAUGCUCCAGCCUUGUGUUUGUAAAUAAAGUUCCUGUGCUUGUACCGAUGGCUGGCUCCCAGGGCUGCUGGGGGCAGAAUAGUAGAGAGGGCAGCUCUAGGGCCCGAGAUAGGAAUGGCUUCACUUACUCAUUCACUCAUGCAUGUAUUGAUUUAUUCCUUCCUUCAAGAACCAUUUACUGACUAUCUGCCAUGUCAUGGGCAACACUUUAAGUGUUUUACGGUCAUGCAUUGGACGGACAUUACUGAGUAUUCACUGUGUGCCAGGAACUGUUCUAGUCUCUGGGGGUACUGCUGUGACCUAAACUGACAAAUCCCUGCCCUCCUGGGGCUUGCUUUCUAAUGGAAGCAGGUAGGUAACAGAAAUAUUUAAUAGGUCAGCUAAAAAUGAUUGUUGUGAGGACAAAUAAAGUGAGGAUAGGAGAUACCAUUGCAGGAGUGGAAGGUUGGCCUC